CACAGUUGGGCUUGAGUUUUCCUCUGAGGGAGGAGGAGAUGCUUCCCCAGAGGCUCGGGGCAGAAGGAGCCUUCUCUGUACACCAGCCGCCCCCUGAUGAUGGUGGCAGUCACCACUCCUUGUAGUGUGACGCCAAGGUCGGCAUCGUAGCCAGGGGCGAGGCUGCCCUUCUGGUCGUCAAGGCGACACAGCUGGGCUGUUCUCCGGCUGAGGAGUCUCACCACAUCAGACAGCUGAAAGCCUCUCUUACUGGCUGAACUCCAGAACAGAGGCAAUCCUGCAAAUGGACUCACAGCCCGCUGAUGAGCUUUGGGGCCAGUUUCGUCAGUUUCCUGAAUGCCAUGAUGACGUUCGAGGAGGAGAAGAUGCAGACAGCCUGCGACGACCUGAGGACCACUGAGAAGCUGUGUGAGAGCGACAGCGCCGGAGUCAUCGAGACAAUCAGAAACAAGAUUAAAAAGAGCAUGGACUCCCAGAGGUCGGGCGUUGUGGUGGUGGACCGCCUACAGAGACAAAUCAUCGUCGCUGACUGUCAGGUGUACCUCGCCGUGCUCUCCUUCGUCAAGCAGGAACUUUCAGCUUAUAUCAAGGGAGGCUGGAUCCUUCGUAAGGCGUGGAAAAUGUACAAUAAGUGCCACAGUGACAUCAGCCAGCUGCAGGACACCUGCCAGCGGAGGUCCUCUGUCCACCAGGAGUCCCCCCCGACAGACAACGCCAACCACAACGCCCCAGUGGAGAACGGCGUGACGGCGGAGGCCCUGGACCGGCUCAAGGGCUCCGUCAGCUUCGGCUACGGUCUCUUCCACCUGUGCAUCUCCAUGGUGCCUCCACACCUGCUCAAGAUUAUCAACCUGUUGGGUUUCCCCGGCGACCGUCUCCAGGGUCUGUCCUCCCUUAUGUACGCGAGUGAGAGCAAGGACAUGAAGGCGCCGCUAGCUACGUUGGCCCUCUUGUGGUACCACACGGUAGUGCUGCCUUUCUUCGCUCUGGAUGGCUCCGACACACAUGAGGGGCUGCUGGAAGCCAAAGCUAUCCUGCAGAGAAAGUCGGUGGUUUACCCCAACUCGUCCCUCUUCAUGUUCUUUAAAGGGCGGGUCCAUCGGCUAGAGUGCCAUAUCAACAGUGCUUUGGCCUGUUUCCAUGAUGCAUUAGAGCUUGCAUCAGACCAAAGAGAGAUCCAGCAUGUGUGUCUCUAUGAGAUUGGUUGGUGUAGCAUGAUAGAGAUGAAUUUUGAAGAUGCGUUCAGGUCGUUUGAAAGGCUGAAGAAUGAGUCGCGCUGGUCCCAGUGCUAUUAUGCCUACUUGACUGGAGUGUGUCAGGGGGCUUCAGGGGACCUGGAUGGAGCAAGCGGAGUUUUCAAGGAUGUGCAGAAGCUGUUCAAGAGGAAAAACAACCAGAUAGAGCAGUUUGCCGUCAAAAGGGCGGAGAGACUGAGAAAGAUCUCCCCCACCAGAGAGCUAUGCAUCCUGGGUGUGAUUGAAGUGCUGUAUCUGUGGAAAGCGCUUCAAAACUGCUCCUCAUCUAAACUGCAGAUAAUGAAUCAGGUGUUACAGAGUUUGGAUGAAGCGUCGUGCCGAGGCCUGAAACACCUCCUUCUCGGCGCCGUUCACAAAUGUCAUGGAAAUAUGAGAGAUGCUAUUCAGGCGUUCCAGCUGGCUGCUCGAGAUGAGUACGGACGACAGAUCAACUCGUAUGUUCAGCCGUACGCCGUCUAUGAGCUCGGUUGUAUACUGCUUGCAAAACCGGAGACGGUGGGAAAGGGGAGAUCAUUGCUCCUUCAAGCAAAGGAGGAUUUUACAGGCUACGACUUUGAGAACAGGCUUCAUGUCCGCAUCCAUUCAGCCCUGGCUUCUUUGAAGGAAGUAGUGCCCCAGUGACUCCAGGAUGGGAAGCUGCAAUAGCUUAACCGACUCUCAUGGCUUUUUACACCAAGUUUUAAGCCACUCAGAAUAACUGUCUGACAUCCCCAGUGAACAGACUCCUGUGUUAUCCAUUCUUAAAAGGAUUUUGGGGGAAAUACACUUUUUUGUGGGAUUACCCAGUCAGAUUGAUAUGAGGUGUCAUCUGCAUUUUGUUAAGAGAUACAAAGUAGGCUAUACGGGUUCAUACUAGCCUAGCACAAAGAACAUGGGAAUGGUUAGCGUAGGUAUGGCUAGCAAGUUAAAAUCGAUGCCUUCAAAGCAAGAGUGAAGGGGGGUUAGGGUCGGUGUCAAAGGGUUUGACAUAAAGAGCACUGAUUGGAUAAAAAAAAAAAAAA